CUGCCCCCACUCUCCGCCCCGACCGCCAUUGCCUCGUGCCCGCGCCGGUCGGUUGGUGGCGCCUUUGUCCUACAGCGGGCAGGUGGGCUGAGGCGGAGGCGGCGGCGGCGGCGGGCCUGAGGCGAAGGAGCGGCCGGGAGCCCGCCGCGCUGGUAGCGAUAUUAAUAAGGCAGCGGAAAGAAGAAAUAUGAAUACGGCUCCAUCAAGACCCAGCCCCACACGAAGAGAUCCAUAUGGCUUUGGAGACAGUCGAGAUACAAGACGUGAUCGAUCCCCAAUUCGAGGAAGUCCGAGGAGAGAGCCCAGGGAUGGCAGAAAUGGGCGCGAUGCCCGGGAUAGCAGAGACCUGCGGGACCACAGAGAUAGAGACAUUCGUGACCACAGAGACAGCAGAAGUAUGCGUGAUGCUCGGGACAUGAGGGAUCUUAGAGACUUGCGUGAUCUAAGAGACUCUAGGGAUUUUCGAGAUCACCGGGACCCCAUGUACGACAGAUACAGAGAUAUGAGAGACUCCCGGGAUCCCAUGUACAGGAGAGAAAGCUCUUAUGACCGAUACCUGCGAAUGGAUGACUAUUGCAGGAGAAAGGAUGACCCUUACUUUGACCGUUACAGAGAUAACUUUGACGGACGAGGCCCUCCAGGCCCAGAAAGUCAGUCUCGAGCAAAAGAGCGUUUGAAACGUGAAGAACGACGUAGAGAAGAGCUUUAUCGUCAAUAUUUUGAAGAAAUCCAGAGACGCUUUGAUGCUGAGAGGCCCGUUGAUUGUUCUGUGAUUGUGGUCAACAAGCAGACUAAAGAUUAUGCUGAAUCUGUGGGGCGGAAGGUGCGAGACCUAGGCAUGGUAGUGGACUUGAUCUUCCUCAACACAGAGGUUUCACUCUCACAAGCCUUGGAGGAUGUUAGCAGAGGAGGGUCUCCUUUUGCUAUUGUCAUCACCCAGCAACACCAGAUUCACCGCUCCUGUACAGUCAACAUCAUGUUUGGGACCCCACAAGAACACCGCAACAUGCCCCAGGCAGACGCCAUGGUGCUGGUGGCCAGAAAUUAUGAGCGCUACAAGAAUGAGUGCCGGGAGAAAGAACGUGAGGAGAUUGCCAGACAGGCAGCCAAGAUGGCCAAUGAAGCCAUUCUACAGGAAAGAGAGCGAGGAGGCCCUGAAGAAGGAGUGCGUGGGGGCCACCCUCCAGCCAUCCAAAGCCUCAUUAACCUGCUGGCAGACAACAGGUACCUCACUGCCGAAGAGACUGACAAGAUCAUCAACUACCUGCGAGAGAGGAAGGAGCGGCUUAUGAGGAGCAGCACCGACUCUCUGCCUGGUGAGCUACGUGGCAGGGCCGAGGCCCGAUUUCCCGCCAACCACUCGGGGCGACCUCGGGUGCCUCGCUGAAGACACAGCCAAGCUCCCAACCGCUCCAGAGCGGCCAAGUGCUCCCCUCUGCUACACCCACUCCAGCUGCACCCCCCACCUCCCAGCAAGAGCUUCAGGCCAAAAUCCUCAGCCUCUUCAAUAGCGGCACGGUCGCGGCCAAUAGCAGCUCUGCAUCCCCUUCAGUCGCUGCCGGAAACACCCAGAACCAGAAUUUUUCCACAGCAGCAAACAGCCAGCCUCAGCAAAGAUCACAGGCCUCUGGCAAUCAGCCUCCAAACAUUUUGGGACAGGCAGGAUCUGCUCGGAACAUGGGCCCCAGGCCUGGGGCUCCUUCCCAAGGGCUCUUUGGCCAGCCUUCCAGUCGCCUGGCACCUGCCAGCAACAUAGCCAGCCAGAGGCCCAUGUCUUCCACGGGUAUCAACUUUGACAAUCCAAGUGUACAGAAGGCUCUGGAUACCCUGAUCCAGAGUGGCCCUGCUCUCUCCCACCUGGUUAGCCAAACCACAGCACAGGUGGGGCGGCCCCAGGCACCCAUGGGAUCUUACCAGAGGCAUUACUGAGGCUCAGUCUCUCAACUACCCCCAACCCCCUCAUCCCUGGCCGCCUCCUACUAUUGCGUUUAAAUAGAGUUAUUGGAGGAUGUUCUCUGCGCCUAUCCAGGUCCACAUCGAAUGUCAUAAGUUUCUACCACCUGCUCUCUUCUGCCCAAGGCUGUGUUACUUAUUCCUUCCAGAGUCGAGAGUUUAUACUGCAUUUGGGGCUGUAUUUUUGUUGUUCUUGUUGUUGUUGUUUUUGUUUUUUUUGUUUUUUUUGUAGAAAAUAAAUAUCUCUGGGGUCACUUGGGUGGCAGUAUAGGUGUCUGGGCUCAGUUUAUAUUAAAUGGGUUUCUCUGGUCUCUGUCAGCUGGAUGGAGGGGAGUGCCCCAAUUGGCUGAGUUUGGAAUGGCAUUUUCAUGUCAGUAGCCACUGCCUUUGUUCAUUUUGAACCUACCAAGGUUUUCCAGCCUCGCACAGGCCAACCAGAGCUCGAGCUCCUGCCUACAGCUCCUGCCUAGGGUUGCAUAGUAGAUUGGGCUUGGCAGGCAGGGCGGCGUCAUGCCCCACCCCCCAUGUUGGGGGAUCUGCUUGAGGAUUCAUAAAUCGGCUUCCCUGGAGUUGUUGAGGAGUGUCCGCAGCCACGGAAACAGGUACUUUUCUGCAUGACCCAGGGUGGUUCAUUUUGGAUUUUCUCUUUUUUUUUUUGCUUUCAUGUCAUUGGAGGAUCUCCAAUGGACUGAACAGCUCUAGUCACCAGCAGUUUAACACAAACUGUGACUCUGGGCCCCAGCCACUCUACCCCCUUAACAUUUGUCAGCCUCUCCUUCUCCAGCAGUAGUUUCGUGGAGUCAGGAUUGAGACGGCAACUCUGGACUCUGGCAGUGAACACCCAUUUUUUUAGCGAUUAUUUUGAGCUCUUGGCUCAAAAAUCAGGCUCUUGUUUUCAUCUGGACUCUUGUUCUAUUUUCUGAGUAGCAGGAGGUAGGGACCAUUUUGGUGUCAGACUUUUGGUAGCUGGACAUGUUCUUGAUAUAGGCGACUGUUCAUAACUUUUGAGCCAGAGAGAGAUUAUUAGAGGGAGGACUAAUGGCUGCUGCUCGAAGAGCCCAAGGAAACUGCCCUCUCCCUAGGGAUGGUGCUCAUUAGAGCCCUGUGGAUCGCAGUCUCAAGGGACCCCUGGCAGGGACAAGGGAGAGCAGUAACUUCAGCUGGGUCCCUGCCAAUGGCAGAGCAAACAAUGGUUUCAAAACCUCAAGGUCCCCAGAUGGCAGCGUUUUAUGUUCUGACCUGUUUGUGUUAAUAGUGUUUUUUUUUUCUCUUUGGAACUCUUGUGUUAUUAAUGAGAUGAGAUGAUUACUUUUUAAUUAAAAUGAAAAAGUAAAA